GAGGGGAUGUUAUUUUGCAGAUAUCGACGAAUGCCGUCACCCUGGCACCUGCCCCGACGGGAGAUGCGUCAACUCCCCCGGAUCCUACACUUGCCUUGCCUGUGAGGAGGGCUACCAGGGCCAGAGCGGGAGCUGUGUAGAUAUAAAUGAGUGUCUGACCUCCGGGGUCUGCGCCCAUGGAAAGUGCAUCAACCUGGAGGGCUCCUUUAAAUGCUCUUGUGAGCAGGGCUACAAGGUCACCUCAGAUGAGAAGGGCUGCCAAGAUGUCGAUGAGUGUGCCAGCCGGGCCUCGUGCCCCACGGGCCUGUGCCUCAACACGGAGGGCUCCUUCAGCUGCUCGGCCUGCGAGAGUGGCUACUGGGUGAACGAGGAUGGCACUGCCUGUGAAGACCUAGAUGAGUGCGCCUUCCCGGGAGUGUGCCCCUCAGGAGUCUGCACCAACACGGCCGGCUCCUUCUCCUGCAGGGACUGCGAGGCGGGCUACCGGCCCAGCACCCUGGGCCACACCUGUGAAGAUGUGGAUGAGUGUGAAGACUUCCGGAGCAGCUGCCGGGGAGGCGAGUGCAAGAACACGGCUGGCUCCUACCAGUGCCUGUGCGCCCCGGGCUUCCAGCUGACCAAUGGCACCGUGUGUGAGGACGUGGACGAGUGUGUGGGAGAGGAGUACUGCGCACCCCGUGGCGAGUGCCUCAACAGCCACGGGUCCUUCUUCUGUCUCUGUGCACCAGGCUUCGCCAGCGCAGAGCGGGGCACCAGCUGCCAGGAUGUGGACGAAUGUGCAGUCACGGACCGGUGUCUGGGAGGACACUGUGUCAACACCGAGGGCUCCUUCAGCUGUCUGUGUGAGGCCGGCUUCCAGCCCUCCCCAGAGAGUGGGGAGUGUGUGGAUGUUGACGAGUGUGAGGACUAUGGAGACUCGGCAUGUGGGGCCUGGAGGUGUGAGAACAGCCCUGGCUCCUACCGCUGUGUCCUGGGCUGCCAGCCUGGCUUCCACAUGGCUCCAGCUGGAGACUGCAUCGACAUAGAUGAGUGUGCCAACGACACCUUGUGUGGGAGCCACGGCUUCUGUGACAACACCGACGGCUCCUUCCGCUGCCUCUGUGACCAGGGCUUCGAGACUUCGUCCUCCGGCUGGGACUGUGUUGACGUGAAUGAGUGUGAGCUCAUGCUGGCGGUGUGUGGGGCGGCGCUCUGUGAGAACGUGGAGGGCUCCUUCCUGUGCCUCUGUGCCAGCGACCUGGAGGAGUACGACGCUCAGGAGGGCCACUGUCGCCCGCGGGUGGCUGGAGGUCAGAGUAUUCCUGAGGCCCCGCCAGGGGACCGCGCCCCAGGCCCCAUCCGCAUGGAAUGCUUCUCCGGGCAGAACGGCCAGCUGCCCUGCUCCAGCCUUCUGGGCCGGAACACCACCCGGGCCGAGUGCUGCUGCACCCAGGGUGCCAGCUGGGGGGAUGCCUGUGACCUCUGCCCAGCUGAGGACUCAGUUGAAUUCAGUGAGAUCUGCCCUAGUGGUAAAGGCUACAUCCCCGUGGACGGAGCCUGGAUGUUUGGACAGACCACGUACACAGAUGCAGAGGAGUGUGUGAUGUUUGGGCCUGGUCUCUGCCAGAACGGCCGGUGCCUCAACACGGUGCCUGGCUACAUCUGCUUGUGCAACCCCGGCUACCACUACAACGCCGUCCUCAGGAAGUGCGAGGAUCACGACGAGUGCCAGGCCAUGGCCUGUGAGAAUGGUGAGUGUGUGAACACCGAAGGCUCUUUCCACUGCUUCUGCAGCCCCCCCCUCACCCUGGACCUCAGCCAGCAGCGCUGCGUGAACAGCACCGGGAGCGCUGAGGACCUGCCUGACCACGACAUCCACACGGACAUCUGCUGGAAAAGAGUCACCAACUACGUGUGCAGCCAAGCCCUGCACGGGCGCCGCACCACCUACACGGAAUGCUGCUGCCAGGACGGCGAGGCCUGGAGCCAGCAGUGUGCCCUCUGCCCCCCCAGGAGCUCCGAGGUCUAUGCUCAGCUGUGCAACGUGGCCCGGAUUGAAGCGGAGCGGGAGGCGGGGGUCCACUUCCGGCCAGGCUAUGAGUACGGCCCUGGGCCCGAGGACCUGCACUACAGCCUCUACGGCCCCGAUGGGGCCCCCUUCUACAACUACCUGGGCCCUGAGGACACCAUCCCAGAGCCACCCUUCCCCAACACAGCCAGCCGCACCGGGGACCACACACCAGUUCUUGAGUCACCCCUGCAGCCCUCGGACCUCCAGCCCCACUACGUGGCCAGCGGGCCAGAGCACCAGGCCGGCUUCGAAGGGCUGCAGGCAGAGGAAUGCGGCGUCCUGAACGGCUGUGAGAAUGGCCGCUGUGUGCGCGUGAGGGAGGGCUACACCUGUGACUGCUUUGAGGGCUUCCAGCUGGACAUGGCCCACAUGGCGUGUGUGGAUGUGAAUGAGUGUGAUGACUUGAACGGGCCUGCGGCACUCUGUGCCCAUGGUCACUGCGAGAACACCGAGGGCUCCUACCGCUGCCACUGCUCCCCAGGUUAUGUGGCCGAGGCAGGCCCCCCACACUGCACUGCCAAGGAGUAGCAGUGAGGGGUCGGUGUGGACAGCUACCUGGAAAUGGGCCCCAGCCACAGGCAGGGGCCUAGAGGAGGCUUUCCUAGCUGGGAAGACACCGUGAAGAAGCAGGCAGAAGGCCCUGCAGCCCAGCCUCCCAGCCAGCCCUGCCUGCUUUUCAGCUCUCCCAGCUUAGGCCCUGGCUGUGAGCUUCUAUCACUGCCUUCAUGCUGCCAUGCCCUUGCUUGGCUAAAACACCACCAAAUGCUUUAAUGCUUCAGCCACUGGCCGUGAGGAUCAGUCUGCCACCUGUCCUGGCCUUGCUAUGGGAUGCUUACCAAAGGAUGGCCCUCAUCCACCCCCUCAAGCUGUGCAAACCUGCAAGGUCGUUCGGCCUCACAUUGCUGACACCCUUUCCCAGUCACGAUCCACAUAACAUCCUGAUGAUUCCACAACUGGGUCAGAGGUUACAUCUGCCCAGGUAUGGUCCUUCAGUAUCUCUUGAGCAAAAAAGGAUUGGGGGACGUUUGGGGAGUGACUCCAAGGCCUCCUCCCAAGAACCAUCACCUCAACCAAUCUCUCUGGGCCAGAUUUUGCCACCUGUCCAUCCUGUAGCAGUUCUACGGCCCCAGGCAGGGGCAGGAGAUCUCCUCAUCUCAGAGGAGCAAGACUGAUUGUAGCUUGCUGAGUGUGAGAGACGCAAAUGAAGGGGAGCACGGAGACGGAGAACGCAGCAAGAGGGCAAUAUGAAAAAUAUGGGGAGGUGAUAAGAAAGGGGGAGCCAAGGCUUUCAACAAGGCUAAAGAAAAUGUUCAGUAGCUUUGGGUAAACAUUCGCAAUCUACCCGCGGCAGCUCCCGUGCACCAACCACAGCAAGCCUGCCACAGGCCGGGGGCCCACCUCCGAAGACCUGUAUUAAAUACACACCGCUUCUUACAGGACACAAACCUGUCCUGGGCUCUCCUUUUGUGGAUACCAGUUUGAGGUACUAAAAAUAAAGGGGUCUGUUUUCUAGCUUGUGAAAUACAGUGUAGUCUGGUUUAGGGGAAGCCAGAUUUCCCAUGUUGUUUCUUCUCUCUACUCAGAAGCCCUUGAUGUCUUUCUUUCAAAAAUGGCAUCUGGCAUCCCUCUCAGUUUAUAAGGAGAGACCCACUCCAUCCUUGGCCAGCUAGGAGUUUAGAACCAUGGUGGAAUAAAGAAACGUACAUUUGGGCUCCUGUUUUUGUUUUUAUUUCAUAUUAAACCAAAUUUUUUUACCCUGUUGGCUAAGUCUAAAUAUUAGACAUGAGGCUGUGCCUAUCCUUUUGCCAGCUCUGCCGACAGCCUAUGAUUAGGAUCCAAUGGGAAAAGAUUCUUUACUCUUCUAAGACAAGGAAAGCUCUGCCUUUGCAUUUGUCUGAUGAAAGGCAAUGUAAAUGAACAAGAUGUGCCUGAAGACAUGGAGAUGGAUACUAUUAAUCUGUCCUGUCCUACCUGCUGCUCUAAUUGUCAGCCACCCCAUAAUAACUUAUUGAAUGCUUGUUAUGUGCCAGGCACUAUAUUGAGUGCUCAACACAAAUUUCAUUUAAUCAUCCAGCAAUCCUACUAUUUUUAUUCCCAAUUUAUAGAUGAGGAAAUGGAGACACGCAGAGUUCAAACAAUUUGCUCUACGUCACUAUACUAGUUGAGAUGUUUUCAGCAGACAAAAAUAUGUAGUUCUUACACAUAUGAAAAUAUUCAAAACAAAAAAAAUGCGAGUUAAAACCACACGAGACACACUUUUAAAACUCUCAGAUUGGCAAAGAUCAGAAGUUUGUUAAGACUCCUAGUUGGCAAGCAUCUGCUGAAAGAGGGACUCACAUACACAGCUGACAGGGGCUUAAACUGACACAACUUCUGAAGAGGAUAAUAUGGCAAUGUCUUUCGAAAUUAUAAAAGCACUUACUCUUUGACUCUUCUAGGAAUUUAACCUUCAGAUAUAUUCUCACCAAAUGUGAACACGUGUAAGAGGUUAUUUAUUAUAGCAUUACUUGUAACAGCAAAAGAUUAGAAGCAAUUAGUUGCUACUGCGGAGGCCUAAAAAUGAAAAAAAAAAAAGGCUCUUAAUACCUUGAGAAGAAAUCCAAAAUAGACUAAGCGGGGAAAGAAGGCUGUGUAACAAAGUGGACCAUGUGCUGCUAGUUGUCUAAAGAAAGGGGGAAGACAACUGGGUAUCUGCUGGCCUCAUCCUCGUCACUCUGCCUUACACCCCAUGGUUCAGAGAACUUCUUACCACUCUUCCAUAUACCCACUGGCGCUACGCCUCCUCCCAACCCUCGCCUUCCUGCUCACCCAGAAAAACUUCAUUCACAUACACAUAUUUCUUUGUAUCAAAAACAGAAAUAGCAUCCUAUGCCUGCUGUUCUGCACUUUGCUUUUUUCACUUAAUCCAGACUUGCACAUAAAGAACUGUCUCAUUCUAUAAUUGUAUACUAUUCCACUGAAUGGAUAAAUCAUAAUUUAUUUAAUCAGUCCCCUAUUGAUGGACAUUUCCAUUGUUUCCUAUCUCUUGCUAUUAUAAGUAAUGCUAUAAUGAAUAUUCUUGUGUAUAUGUUAUUUCACAUUAUAUCUAUGGGAUUAUACCUAUAGGGUAAAUUCUUAGAAACAACAGUGGUUUAUGGGGGGGGGUGACAGGGUGGAUGGGUACAGGAUUGGAAGACUUUUCACUGUAUCCCCUUUUGUGUCUUUUUGAAUUUUGUACCAUGUGUAUUACCUUUCCAAAAAAAUAAAAUAUUUUUAAAUACA